GUGUGUCUUCAUUCAAGACCCGUAGUAGGCGUCAAACAUAUUGCCAGAUUUAAGUUUGAGAACAAAUACUGUAAAUUAUACCCAACGCUGGUACUUUUACAAUGCAUAUAUCAUCACGAGUUAACAACAAUAUAUUUUGUGUGCCUUAAAAAAAUAUUUUGCGUUUCUAAAUAGAUGAUGCACAACUAAUUAUCGCGAUAUCUAAGGGAACGUGGUCUGAUGUUUGUCAUUCUGGUGAGAUACUAAACGGAAAAUGGCAGAUGGUCUUUUCACUCGGUAAUCUUGUUUUCUAGCUAGUUAGUUAACCAAGGCAAGCAAACAACCGCACUGCAAGCUGCAACGGGCACAUUUUUGAAAAAAGUGUUAUCAAGGAUGUAGCCGAAAAAUUUGGUAUUUCCAUUCUUAAUCGAUUGUUACAAUAGUGAGAGUAUAUUUUCCAUCUGCAUUGUUUUUACGUGUGUGUGUUGUUUCUGAUGUUGUCAACACUGUACCUCUACCCACAUCCAUUCUAUGCUAGCAAAACUGCUAACUAGGUUAGCUAAAUACUAACUGUUAAGGUAGCAAUUGCAGGUGUCGUUGGCAAUUAGUCAACAUCAUUAAUACAACAUUUAUUGUAGGUAGUCUGCUUGCUGGUUAGUUACGUUAAAUCAUGACCGGGGAAAAGAUUCGCACGUUGCGGAAAGACCAUAACAACAAGCCUAGUAAGGAUGGGGAUAUAAUGGAAACCUAUGAUGAAUCUACAAAUGGGACAAUAUCAUCUCCAACCCCCAACGGUACCAUCAUCACGUACAAAUCAAACAAGAACCAUAACAAGACGGUGAAACCUUUGGUACUGCAGCAGCUGUCGAAUAUCAAUGCAAACAAUAUCAAUGGCAAUCAAUCAGUUGUCAGCAUCAUCGAUGACAAUAACAAGAACCCAAUCCUUCUGACCAAUGGCAAUGAGAUCUUCAAUUUGGAAUUCCCUGUUCACGAAUGUGUGUUCAAAGGAGAUGUGCGUCGCUUGUCCUCACUCAUUCGGACCCAGAACAUCUCCCAGAAAGAUGUACAUGGAAACACACCUCUUCACUUAGCUGUGAUGAUGGGCCACAAAGAGUGUGCCCUCUUGCUCCUGGCCCAUAAUGCCCCUGUGAAGGUGAAGAAUGCACAGGGCUGGAGCCCCCUGGCAGAGGCCAUCAGCUAUGGAGACCGGCAGAUGAUUACGGCUCUACUGCGGAAGCUGAAGCAGCAGUCCAGAGAGAGUGUGGAGGACAAGAGGCCCAAGCUGCUAAGAGCACUGAAAGAGCUUGGGGACUUCUACUUGGAGCUUCACUGGGACUUUCAAAGUUGGGUGCCCUUGCUCUCCCGGAUUCUGCCAUCUGAUAACUGCAAGAUCUACAAGCAGGGGAUCAACAUCAGACUGGACACCACUCUGGUAGACUUCACAGAUAUGAAGUGUCAGAGAGGAGACCUCAGCUUCAUCUUCAACGGAGACGCUCCGCCCGCCAAGUCCUUCUAUGUUCUGGACAAUGAGCAGAAGGUGUACCAGCGUAUACACCACGAGGAGUCUGAGAUGGAGACUGAGGAGGAGGUGGACAUCCUGAUGAGCAGUGACGUCUAUUCUGCCACCCUGUCCACCAAGUCCAUCACCUUCUCCCGCAGUCAGAUAGGCUGGCUCUUCAGGGAGGACAAGACGGAGAGGGUUGGUAACUUCCUGGCAGACUUUUACUCUGUGAACGGCCUGGUGCUGGAGUCCAGGAAGCGCCGGGAGCACCUGAGUGAGGAGGACAUCCUGAGGAACAAGGCCAUUGUGGAGAGUCUGAGCAAAGGAGGGAACCUGGUGGAGCAGAACUAUGAGCCUCAGAGAAGGCUGUCCCUCUUGGCUCCAGGUCCUAACACUAUCUGCUGGGAGGAGUACAUCUCUGCAGAGCACGGAAAGGCACCUCAUCUUGGGAGAGAGCUUGUGUGUAAGGAGAGCAAGAAGAACUUCAAAGCGAACGUAGCCAUGAGCCAGGACUUCCCUUUGGGCAUUGAGUCGUUACUGAACGUGUUGGAGGUCAUAGCCCCAUUUAAGCACUUCAACAAACUCAGAGAAUUCGUUCAAUUGAAGCUUCCUCCUGGGUUCCCAGUCAAGCUUGACAUCCCUGUGUUCCCCACUAUCACAGCUACGGUCACCUUCCAGGAGUUCCGCUAUGAUGACUUUGAGGAGUCCAUCUUCUCCAUCCCAGCGGACUACAAGGAGGAUCCCAGUCGCUUCCCUGACCUCUGACCUGGUUGUCAUAGCAACCAGAGGUUUCCCCGGCCCCGCCCAUUCGGAAACUGACAGAAACGAACCCUGCCUACCUACACUAUUAAAAGGAAAAGAACCAACUAAAGACAGUUGAGAUUAAAUAAAAGGAUGCCAAUGUAUUAUUUGAUAUCUGUCUGUGUGUUCUGAUGAAAAGGGGGAAUUAUCUCUUGGCCCUGAGUUUUUUUUCCAUUUUGUAGAUAUUUCCUUAUAGCAAACAAGAAUCAACAAUUUUCAGCUGUGUAGCAACAACAGCACAAGGUCAAACUCCAGAAGAGAAGAGUUGAGGGGAUGAGGAGUUUGAAAAAAUAUUUGAUGUCAUCUCCGUAACAGCUUAUUGUUCACCGACUACGUGAUCACUGCUUUGUACUGCAAACCAGCUUCUGUGAAACGUUAUGGAGUUGGCUUCAUCUGUGACAUCUUAAGCGUGCACUUCUCCAGGUUUAGCACUCACUGCACCCAGUUUAUCUAGCGUCUGCCCUUUGGGGACUGCCCCUUUUUCAACAUGUUUAAGUACCCUUGGACAUUCAUUGCCUGUAAAUGACUAUGGUAUAAAUGAAGUGUUAGAAAUAUAAAGAUGUCAUAACUGAACUGAGAAAAUGAUGUACCAAAUGUACUGUACGUAUGUGUGUCAAAGGAGCAACACUGUGUAGCAAUACAUUUCCAGUACAUAAGAAUGUUUUUUUAAACCAGCUGGGAGAAAGUAUGGUGUAAAACUGCAUUCUUACAAAGAUAUCAACACCCAAGCCUUUUCUCUCUAGUGCAGGUUAGCUCAUCUAUCUUACCUCCUGGCUAUCACUGUCUGUUUCAAGUGACUGUGAAUUUAAUCUGUUUUGUGUGCGAGAGAGGACUUUAAAGGGUUGUGUGUGUGUGAGAGAUUGUGUGUGAGCGAACCCAGAUGGGGUAUCAGGAAAGCUGUUCUAGUUUGAUACUGCACUGACAUUAAGUAUAUUUAAUCGCAUGCUACGUUGACCCAAUUGGAUUACUUGUAUACUCUUGAGCAUAUAUUUCCUACACUUGUUAUACCUGCUACCAUCUCCCUAUCCUUUCUGAUUAUUCAGGAAGACUAACUUCUACCGUAUAAAUAUUGUAAUCACACUAAAACCCUUUGGUCAAAUGUACUUAGGUGGUUUAAGCAUUAACUGCAACUUUCAUUGAGUGUAUACCUGUCUGUAUUACUUUAGACUUUUCUGUACAAUUUCAUUACAUUUCAAUGAGCUUACAGUUGGACGGUAUAAGCUCAUUAAAAUGUAAGAUCCAUAUGGUUUUUGAAAUUAGAUGUGUAUCUGGCUUCGGGCCUACUGGUAUUUCUAAAUGUAUUGCAGCUUUCCAACUUCCCAUCCCUUUAAAUAAAGCACCAGCACCAUCACGUC